CUUUCACUUUCGGAGGCAGCUGUUACACCCAAGGUCUGAGAAGAGAAAGUUGUCUUUAUUCUCGGUCCCACAGACUUCAUUACAACGUCACAGUGGUGUCCGAGAAUGGAUCUGUGUCAUCAAAGUUUCUCGCUGAGGUGCAUCUGGAUGAUGAGCUCUUCAUGCUCUAUGAUGGGCAGAAAGGCAGGGCAGAGCCUCAGGUGCCCUGGGCAGAACCAUUCCUGGGAAAUGAGACCAAAGACUUGAAACAGAAUGGGAAGGCUCUCAGGAUGACGAUGGCGCAAAUAAAAGACCAGAAAGGAGGGUUAGGGGCAGCCUGGCAUUCGCUGCAGGAGAUAACGGAAUGUGAGAUCCACAAAGACAAUAGCACCAGUGGCUUCAGGCAUUUCUACCAUGAUGGGAAGUUCUUCUUAUCCCAAAACCUGAAGACUCAGCAGAUAGUGCCCUCGUUCUCAAGAGCUAAGGAAAUCCGGAAGAUCUUGAUUACAGAAGCCAUGACACACGCCAGCCCUGUGCUGGCAGACUGUGUGCAUAAGCUACAGCGACAUCUGGAAUCCAAGAUGGGCUUCAGGAGAGCAGUACCCCCGACAGUAAAUGUGACCCACAGUCAGGUCUUGGAUGGCUACAUGGGACACGGCAGGAAUCAGAGCACUGACACAGGGAAUGCCCGGAGGCCUUGGAGUCGAUGGCUAGCCAUUCUCUGUGCCCUUAUUUUUGCCUCGCCUAUGGUGUAUUUCUUUUGGUUAAAGAAGAGGACAUCAGCUGCCGGAGGUCCAGAUCUCGUGAGCCUGCACGUCCUGGACCAAGGCCAAGUUGUGACAGGAGCCCAUGAGGGCACCACACAGCUGGGGUUGCAGGCUCUGCUGUUGGCUCCUGGGGCCACUGGCCACGCUGAAGGCACCCAGACCUUGCAGCCAGGUGGCCUGGCCUCACCUCCUUGACGGGACCUUACCAGCACGUUCCCUCUCAGUGACUCAGUCCCCUCAUUUGUGAGGUGUUCCUAGCACUACCAUAUGACUACUUUAUUUUUGUUGUUUUACUAUUUAUCACAUUUUAAGGUAUCAUACGUGCAGUAAGUGUGUCAGGGGAGCUUUGUGUUGAGUGUCCUUGGAGUGACUCCCCCUGGGGAACUCUGACCUUGGGAAGUGCUUUCUUGGCACUUGGAGGACCCCAUGCCACCAUCACAUUCUUAUGCCUGACCUGGUAUGCAUUAUGUCUGUACAGUUUUAUGUAAUAGAAAUUUACUAUUUAAAUAUACAUUUCUGGUUUGUGUCUCACUUCCUGUGUCUGGGAAGGGACUGUGUGUGAGGUUCAGGAAAAAAUCUCCCCCAUCUUCUCCCCACCAGCUUGGUGACUGACAGAUUCUCAGCAAAACAGAGGGCUGGGACAGGAGGGUGGGCGAUCCCUGGGGCCAAGUUUGGGUCUUCAUCCUGUGGGGAGCAGCUGCCCUGAAGGGUUGGAGCCUUCCUGUCAUGAUGAGAGCCCAACUGUGAUGUCGGGGAAGGGACAGAAGGUGCUUUGGAUGUCCUGAUGUUAUAGAACAGGGUCAGUGUGCUGCUGUGCUGAAUGUCUGCUGGAGAGAAGUGACUAAGGUAAUGAAGGAUAAAUGAGCCCAGAACGUGGAUGAGUAAAGAGCCUCAGGGUCUCCUACCCUCAGUUCAGACUAACUGGAGAAGGGAGGUGGGAGGUAGGAUGUUCCCCUCUAAUCCCUGAUGCUUGGUUCCCCUGAGUACUUGUUGUGGGGCACACAGGUGGCCAGUGCUUUUCUUGGUCAGGGCAGCUUCAGCCUCACCCAUGCCAGGCAGUGGUGGCCAAGUGCUGUAGGGUCCCUGACCAAGAGACCAGGGCAGUGGUGGGAUCCUUCUGAGUAGCAGGAUCAGGACCUGCCUGGGAACAGGAGAUGGAUGAGGGACCCCAUUAGGUCCUGUUUCCCCAACCUGGCUUCACAGAGUAACUGAUAGGGAGCUGGAGCGGGGAAUUCAUUCAUACAUGGCUUAUCCAGAGAUGAGUUUAUUGACAUAUUCCUUUGUGUUUUUAUUCAGUGCUGAUGUCAUCGUAUAUACAUUUGUGCAUGCAUGUUCUGUGUUUAAGUAUUCUUGUGUUUUAGUUAAACUUCAAGUGUCACUUGUACUAGUUGUCAUCAGGCCUAUAAUCUUAUAUUCAUUGAAGUUUUUAUUUUAAUCAAAGGUAUAAUUUUUUUUUUUUUUUUUAGAGACAGAGUCUCACUUUGUCACCCUCGGUAGAGUGCCGUGGUGUUACAGCUCACAGCAACCUCCAGUGGGCUUAGGUGAUCCUCUUGCCUCAGUCUCCCGAGUAGCUGGGACUACGGGCGCCCACCACAACACCUGGCUAUUUUUUUGUUGCAGUUUGGCUGGGGCCACGUUUGAACCCACCACCCUUGGUAUACAGGGCUGGCACCCUACCCACUGAGCCACAGGCACUGCCCCAAAGGUAUAAUUUUUUAUUUUGAUCAAAGUUAUAAUUGUCCAAGACCAAAAAAGUCAAAUACUUGCACAGGAUUUUUCAAGAAAAAGAAGUGUCUUCUCUGCCUCUCCUCAAUGUCUACCUUCCUAGAGGCAACUGCUUUUGACUUUUUUAGGUGAUUCUUUUGACUCCUACCUCCAUAUCUCUAAAUACCUUUCUUUUAAUAAUACUGCUUGAUUUUUCACUUACAUUCAUUGUCUGUUACAUCUCACAGUGAUGGAUGCAAAAGCUAAUAGUAAUUGUUCUCUUUCAC